AAGUUGAUACAAAGCUUCAGUUAAGACGACAGGCACAGAACAUAUUGAUAUAUUCAUUGUAUUAUAUUAUCACUGUUAAAUAGUAAUUUCUUCAGGAAAAAAUGGCCGGGAGCAGCAUUGCUCAGAAGACCUGGGAGCUGUCUAACAGCAUGCAAGAAGUUCAGAGCAUAGACGAGAUCUACAAAUACGACAAGAAACAGCAGCAGGAAAUCCUCGCGGCUAAACCAUGGACAAAAGAUCACCAUUACUUCAAGUACUGCAAGAUCAGCGCCCUGGCGCUGCUGAAGAUGGUGAUGCACGCCAGGUCCGGGGGGAACCUGGAGGUGAUGGGGCUGAUGCUGGGGAAGGUGGACGGGGAGACCAUGAUGAUCAUGGACAGCUUCGCGCUGCCGGUGGAGGGCACGGAGACCCGCGUCAACGCGCAGGCCGCCGCCUACGAGUACAUGGCCGCCUACAUUGAAAAUGCCAAACAGGUUGGGCGCCUGGAAAACGCCAUCGGCUGGUACCACAGUCACCCGGGCUACGGUUGCUGGCUGUCUGGCAUUGACGUCAGCACCCAGAUGCUCAACCAGCAAUUCCAGGAGCCUUUUGUGGCAGUUGUGAUUGAUCCAACUAGAACCAUCUCUGCUGGGAAAGUCAAUCUUGGAGCCUUUAGAACGUACCCCAAGGGCUACAAGCCCCCUGACGAGGGCCCCUCAGAGUACCAGACCAUCCCGCUGAAUAAAAUCGAGGACUUCGGGGUGCACUGCAAGCAGUACUACGCCUUGGAAGUGACCUAUUUCAAGUCGUCACUUGACCGCAAGCUGCUGGAGCUCCUUUGGAACAAGUACUGGGUGAACACUCUGAGUUCCUCCAGCCUGCUAACAAAUUCGGACUACACCACGGGGCAGGUGUUCGACCUGUCGGAGAAGCUGGAGCAGUCCGAGGCCCAGCUCGGCAGAGGGAGCUUCAUGCUGGGCUUGGACACCCACGACAGGAAGUCUGAGGACAAACUAGCCAAGGCGACACGAGACAGCUGUAAGACUACCAUAGAAGCAAUCCACGGACUAAUGUCACAAGUUAUCAAGGAUAAACUCUUCAAUCAAAUCAACACUUCUGCCAACUGACCCCACUGGACGGAAACUCCAAACAUGUUUUAGCUGCAAACAGAAGCCCCCCCCCCCCCCCCCCCC